CUGGUACUUCAGGUUUAACUAACGGGCGACCCCAUCCUUCGAACACUGGCAGUACAUUCUGGCGGGCCGGGUCCUCAAAGAAUGGUAUUCCUCAGUUUGCUACCUACUUGGAGACUACGUACCUAGCUGGCUAUUCCUACCUGGACGUUUUUGGUUUCUCUUGGAACAGUGAGCAGGCGACAGGGGAGUAGCAGAACUGAAAUGGCAUACUACGUGCACCCCAAAAAGCGCGUCAGAAGAGAUAUCUUGGCUUUGAAAUCUACUCGUUGACGCAGAGCAAGGAAUUGCGGAAACCGGCCGAACGCUGCCAAAAUGAUGACGCCCAAGGUCUCUUACCCUGGACUUCUGACCUAAGCAAGACAACCUUUCUGCCUUAACAUGUCUUGGAACCUCUCACGACGCUCGUCAUGCCGCAUCAUCCCGUUCAGCUCACAUUCGCAUUACCAUUCUUGAUUCUAUUGACUGCAGUCCAGUGUCAGAGUCGAUGAUGAGCAAGAAUAACUUCUCAUUAUUAAUACGGCACCACAGGGUUCAUUCUGGCCAGCAACCUGGACCAUACACAGUAUCUUCUUCGUGUUUGUGGCGCCGAUUGCAACCAUAUCGAUGUCGCUUAUCUACCUGAAUGCAAUACGAUCCGAGAAGGGCCUUUGGAUGUCCUCAUGCUGAUUUGUCUUUGCCAAAUCUAGUCUUGAAGUAAGCUCUUGGUAGACAGCUGGCAGUACAUCACAUCGUUCGGCAAUGGUAUCCAAGGGUGUGCGCCUCGUGGCUGGCCAGGCCUUGCCGUUGUCUUCGACAGGCUAGGUCAGGCUUAGGAACGACGGCUCUCGAUCGACUUUCAAAUGCUCAGGUAAGGAUGAGCAAUACAGUAGGUGAAAGAAAGUCCUAGCAACCUCGUCGUUAUGUUAUUGCUUCGAUGGAACAUUGUUCCAAGCCCACGGAAUGUGUGUCUCUUAAAGAUGGCUACUACCAAAUGUUGCUCUCGUUUGCUUAUAUUUUGGCCACCGAACACCACUCUGGGGACAAGGAAGUCUGCACGCAUUUCAACCCCUCCUCAAUGUCAAAAGGCGACCAGCAAGGAAACAAUCAACCGGCGUCCUUUCGUGGCGAGUUUUCUUUCGUGAAUAAAGAUGCCGGUAAUAUCGAUUCGAAAGACCAUAACGCUGCGGUUUCGUGGCAUGUCAUGAAUCGUUAUGAGCAAUGGAAGAAACAAGAGCAGGCUAAAAGGCUCCGAGAAUCUGCCCAGGUGCCAAUGGGUUCAUUUAUGAGACGACCGGAGCAGGAGCAAGGAGAGUCAUCUGUUGCUCAAGGGUCACGGCAAAGAUCGGCACGGCAAGUCUCGUACAAGAUACCCAAAAGGGUCACCUUGUCCGACGCGAGUCCUAUAUCGACAAGUGCUACGCCAACAGUCCUCCCCUAUGGAUUCAAUCCUUGGAUGAGCGAACAGAAACUCCAGAUUGGCUAUCCUGGCAUCACCGGGGAUCCCGCAUCAGGCAGUGAGAUUCCAGUAUCGUCUGACUCGACACCUUCGACUCAGUCCAGUCUUUUUGAAGGUGAUGCUGCCCCGUCGAGCUCGGUCGGUCACACCGUCACUCCCAUGGAUAUUCCUGACAACCUCUCCGAACCUUUGGGGCCGUCAACGCAACAGCUUGUAGACAAGCUGUUCAGCUUCGCAUUUGAUUUUUUCAUCCCUCAUACCUGGCCCAAAGAAACAAGACACGAAACGCAAAGAUAUACUUACGAGGUUUCCAGGUGUUGGGACGAUACUAUAAUGAUUUACCAAGACAGGUGUUAUGCAAACGCAUAUUUAAGUCUUCUUGCCGCCGCUCUAGCGGUCGUGACGGAAGAUGAUGAUCUAGCGUACCGCUCACGAUUUUUCCAAGGGCAAGCUGUCACAGAGCUACGCCAGCGAGUGGCUCGGUUGGGGCCCCAGGAUCCGAUCACUUUCAAGGCCAUUCUUAAGCUCUUUUCAUCAGAGACUCUCGUCGACAACACAUCGGUGGCACGGACGCAUCUGAAAAUGCUACGAAAACUUGUCAAUGGAGCUGGCGGCGUCAUCAUGAUGGAUACAUGGUUCCGCGAAGACCUUUUGUCCUGCGAUUGUUAUUUCGCCUUGAGAUAUGACACUCGCCCACUCUUCCCUGUUCGGCAAUGGACGCCAGGCCCGCUCAAUCAGCCGUGGAAAGCACGUUUGCUCGCAUCAGGUGUUGCUGAAGACCAUGCCACUGGUGUUGACUCACAGGUUGAGGAUGCCGUUAUGAAAGCGGUAGUGGCUGAUUUGCGUGAAUUGUUCAGAGUGCACGAGUAUACACAGAUGCAUCAAAUAGCAGCAGACGAUCAGUUGCUACGAUGGCAACAGUUGCGCAAAUUCGACUGUAUCUCGAGGAUCGCGGAUCACCACGUCAAUCUUACAAUAUAUCCACAUUUGUUCCAACGCCCUCUCACUCAGGCAUAUACAUGUAUGGCUAUGGCGCUGAUGACAAACAUGAUGCUGGGCUCGCCUGAACCGGUACGUUUCGGCCUCAAGCUUAUAGCCGGACUUCGCUCGAAGAUGCAAGAAAGCCGAGCGGAAGUCGACGCAGAGGAUGACAAUCAACACCAAUACCGCGGACUACGGUUGUGGGCUUUGUAUGUGGGGUCUCUGGCGGAGAGGGUGCAUCCGGUGGAAGCGGAGGAGGAAGGCUGGUUUGCAGGCGAGUUCCACAGCCACGCUGCAGAUACUGGUCUAGAGAGCUGGGAUGGUACAAGAAAGACUUUGAGACGAUUCCUCUUCUCCGGUAAGUUACACCAGGAGGUAAUGUCAGGGCAAGCCCAUCGUCAGACGGAUUACCUGAAGGGUUUCUUCUCACCGACAGGAUGUAGUUGGAGAGAACCGGUCCUGGAAGACCAGGCUAGUGGCAAUAUACAGGGCGAGGUUGGACCAGAGGGGCUGGGAGAACAUGGUGAGCCCGAGCAUUCAACUUCCAUUGCUGCUGGAAAGCGACGGGCUGAUCACGGAUAAGGAUGACUGGUGGUGGUUGAGAAAGAACAAGGCUCGCCCUUAAGACGAUAGGCCUGCUUACCCUGGGUAGAACAUUAGGCAAAUUGAACAUUUUACAAAGGGAGCCGCUGAUAGCAAUACUGAAGAGGUUGCCUUCUGGGUCUUGAUGGACCCCUAUUUGCCAGGCGGUCCCUCUUAUACCCCCUUUAUUAAGGCUGAGCUAUUCC